AUGGCGUCGCACAACCAGCACAUUGCGGUGGAAGAUCUGGAACCCGGCGCAUACAACGACCCGGACCAGGAUGUGAAAAAGGAAGUCGAGGGCGACACGCCCCCAUAUGAGGAUCCCUUUGGCAACGAGGAGUUUGCCGAGGUGAAAUACCGGACUAUGGAGUGGUGUCCUGCUGACGGAGAAUCUGGUGCAGUCAUGAUUGCUGAAACCGUGUCGUUGGGAAUCCUGUCGCUGCCUUCGGCCGUCGCAAGUUUGGGCCUGGUCCCCGCCAUCAUUUUGCUUAUCGGUCUGUCGGCGGUCGCGACGUAUACUGGCUACGUGAUCGGCCAGUUUAAGCUGCGGUAUCCUCACGUCCACAGCAUGGCUGAUGCAGGAGAAGUGCUCCUGGGCCGGUUCGGGCGUGAAUUUCUGGGCAAUGCGCAGCUACUCUUCCUAAUCUUCAUCAUGGGCAGCCACGUGCUCACCUUCUCCGUCAUGAUGAACACCCUGACCGACCAUGGCACCUGCUCCAUUGUGUUUGGUGUCGUCGGCAUGGUGGUAUCGUUUCUAUUCGGCCUGCCUCGCACCCUCAAGAAGGUGUCGUGGUUUUCCAUUGCCUCCUUCAUCAGCAUCUUCUCCGCCGUCAUGAUCACGAUGAUCGCCAUCGGCGUGGAGCGCCCCGGCGACGGCCAUGUUGAUGCUACCCUGCACACCAAUCUCUAUCAUGGCUUCUUGGCUGUGACGAAUAUUGUCUUUGCAUAUGCCGGUCACGUCGCGUUCUUCGGAUUCAUCUCAGAGAUGAAGAAGCCCACGGACUAUCCUAAGACCCUGUUCAUGCUGCAGUUUACCGACACAGUAAUGUACCUGGUGGCUGCCGUGGUUAUCUACCGGUACGGCGGUAAGGGCGUCGCAUCGCCGGCCCUCGGGUCGACCGGUCCUAUCAUGAGCAAAGUGGCCUACGGAAUUGCCAUUCCGACCAUCGUUAUCGCUGGUGUCAUCAACGGCCACGUCGCCUGCAAGUACAUCUACGUCCGGGUCUUCCGCGGCACCGACCACAUGCAGAAGCGCAGUCUGCUGUCCCUGGGAUCCUGGGUGGCCAUAGCGUUGGUCCUCUGGGUCAUCGCGUGGAUCAUCGCAGAGGCCAUCCCUGUAUUCAACAAUCUCCUCAGUUUGAUUACGGCACUUUUCGCAAGCUGGUUUACCUAUGGCUUGAGUGGAGUUUUCUGGCUGUUCCUGAACAAGGGGAAGUACUUUUCGUCACCGAGGAAGAUCUUCCUCACCAUUGUCAACCUCCUCAUUGUUGGCAUCGGUGGCUGUCUGUGUGGCCUCGGACUUGGAACCUCUGGACGCGUUUCGAGGUACUUCAUUUGGCUAGAUUUGCGAUGA